ACUCCCCUACAUCUUGGAGUAGAGCCAGAGCUAUAGUCCAAGCUGGGGACAAGGUCGGACCUUCUUUCCAUGACCUUCUCCGGCCACUAAGGCCAUUCACCAGGGAGUGGUCACCUGAAACCAACAAUAUUCAAAGCUGGAACUCGAGGUGUGGCCUCUGUUCCUUUAAGCCCCGGUCUUCUUGAGCUCUGGCUGAAUCCCCAGAUAAGCCAAGUAACAAAAGAUGGAAGGAGGCUGGCCCCACCAGGAGAGAUGGCUACUGUGUCUCCUUCUCAGCCUUUUGCUUCAAGAUUCUCCUGCCUUAACACAAAGCAGCAAUACUUUUGCCAUCAACUGCUCUGGGUUUGAUGAACGUGGACUGAACCAAACUGCUUUUCAGUCGGUGUUUGACAGAAAGGCCUUCCGACCAGUUGUCAACAUCAGUAUACCCACCAGGGUCAACAUCUCCUUCACCUUAUCCGCCAUUCUGGAGGUGGAUGCACGGAUUCAGCUCCUCACGUCAUUCAUCUGGCUUGAGUUGUUUUGGGACAACCCAUUCAUCAGCUGGAACCCAGAGGAGUGUGGAGGAAUCAAGGAGCUCACCGUGGCAGCUGAUAACCUCUGGCUUCCAGACAUCUUCAUUGUAGAGUUCAUGGACAUUGAUCGGACCCCAUCAGGUCUUGUUGCAAAUGUGAAUAGUAAAGGUCACAUCAAGUAUAAGAAACCAAUGAAGGUGAACAGCAUCUGUAGCCUGGACAUCUUCUAUUUCCCCUUUGAUCAGCAGAACUGCACUCUGACCUUCUCCUCUUUACUCUACACAGUGAACGACAUGUUGUUGGGCAUGGAAAAAGAAGUGUGGGAGAUAGCAGACACCUCACGCCAUCUCAUCCAGACCCAAGGGGAGUGGCAGUUGCUGAGCAUCAACAAAGCAACCCCAAAGUUGACAGUGAGAUCCAGCCUUUAUGACCAGAUCACGUUCUAUGUGGCCAUCCAGCGACGGCCAAGACUCUAUGUCAUAAACCUUCUGGUGCCCAGUGGAUUUCUGAUAGCAAUCGACGCUCUAAGCUUCUUCCUGCCAAUCGAGAGUGACAACCGAGCCCCUUUCAAGAUGACCCUGCUGCUGGGCUAUACUGUCUUCCUGCUCAUGAUGAAUGAUUUAUUGCCAGUCAGUGGCACCCCACUCAUCGGUGUGUACUUUGCUCUGUGCCUGUCCCUGAUGGUGGUCAGCCUGCUGGAGGCUAUCUUCCUCACCUACCUUCUGAAUCUGGUUACUACACAGCCACCACCCAUGCCCCACUGGCUCCAUUCACUGCUGCGGUGCUACCUCAGAGCAACGGACUUCUCUAAGAGGUCCCAAAAGGAGAAUGGAAGUCCUGACCCCAGCCUCAUCCAUCUACCUGGUCUGAAGGAGCCAGGGGUGAAGGCAGGUCCAGGUAAGGCUUGGUUGAAUGGAGACCCACACUCUACAUGGGCACAGCUAGAACAGCAGCAGAAAGUUGACAUUUGGGUGAAAUUCAGCCUUGUUCUAGACACUCUGCUCUUCUGCAUCUAUUUGAUAUUCGUGACUUCCUCUCUCAUCACAGUCAUUAUCCUUUGGAGCAACUAGAAAUAUGGCCCCCACCACCAGCCCUUGCCAACACUGGCUUUGAACUCUCCCUGACUUUGUGGAUUGCCAGAACUCAUCCUCUUACCCGAGCUCCAGCGACUUCCCACAUCCCUGCUGCAGGGGACGCAACUUCAUCUGUUCCUUCCAGCCAGCUUCAGCUCCACCCCAUCUCCCACAAACCCAGUGUCCUUCCUUCUGACUUCCUAUGUGACCUUCCUUCAGCCCAAUGAUUCAGCUCAGACCCAAGCCUCAGCUGCCCUGUAAUUGAAUUGACCUAAUUAAUUCUUUUGCAGGGAAUAUUUGCUCCUUGGGAUAAUACAUUACUGCUAGAGACAAUUCUUGGAUCCAGUCA